AUGGUUGUGCAGCAGUCUACUGAUAAUUAUUCCAUAAAUAAUGGUAAUUUACAGCAAGAACCAAACUUGGAAAUUAAUUCAACUGUAGCAGAACAAGUUUCAAAGAAAGUAGGGGCUUUCAUAGUAAAAGAUCUCGGAUAUGACAGUAUUUCAGGGCAAGCUUUGGAUGCUCUCGUCUUUGAGACAAUAGCCAGCUCAACACACAAGUAUGCUGAACUUGGACGGCGACAUACGCCCAAUCUAUACGAUGUCGAAGAAACACUGAACGGGUUGGGAAUAAAAACUGAAGCACUCGAAGAGUACAUGGUGAGUCACAAUGCAAAAUGUACAGAAACAUGCGCGAGAAAUCAUGAUAGACAACAAGAGUGUAAAGGAGCUAAAUAUAAAGCGUUUAGUUUAAAACUAAGAUCUGCUUUUAUUCCUGCUCCUUCAACGUUGAUACCAGAAUUGCCAAAUCUGGUAAAAGACGAUGACGACGAUGAAAUUAAACAACAAGAACAAUACACAAAAAGUACUGUUAAAGAGGCAAAAUCAAAAAAAACACCACUCGGUAAACACAUACCGAAAUACAUACCAUCUCAUUUACCUGCUUUCCCACCAAAGCAUUCAUACAAAAGUACACCGAAAGUGGCAAAGAUUAUCGAAGAUGAUCAAAUAACACGACGGGAACGAAAUAUUCAACAAGUGAGAAUGAUGGAGAAUAAUCUUCGAAAAUUAACGACGAUGGAAAAUCGAAUGUUUUACUAUCCGACUAUGGUUAUCGCUGAUGCAAUCAAUGAAAAUAAUCUAUUAAGAUUGAACUAUUCAAUACCAAUAAUCAAUUUUAAUGCAUACGAAUAUCAAGACUCACUUGAGCAGGAUGACAAGAAAGUCAAGAGCCGAACUGCUGGCACAAUGAACUUGCAAUUAUACGAAAGUGCAACGCAGAAGCAAGGAGUAAAAAUAAAACAUCAACGAAGAGAAGAGAAAUACGAUGAAGAGGGUUUUGUUACUUUCUCUAGCAAAGAUAAAGGUAAACAGAAGGCAGAAAUUCAAAGUCCUCAAUAUCUAGAAGAGGAAUUUUAUGAGGAAUUGGAUGAUAUGGAAUUUGAGGAAGUGUAA